ACAGGCAGAGAAUGUCUGAGACAGGUUAAAUUUGGGUUUCUCUGGAUAAACGUUAUUACCAGUGCAACAAGAGAAGUUACGUUAACGUUAUGAAUGUGUGAAAGCAGAUGAACAGCUAACAUUAACCACAAAGAGUGGCUAGUACUGUACAUUAGACACACUAUACAGACAAAACCUCUGGAACAUGAAACCAUUAAGAGAUGCUCUGUUGGGAGCCUUUACUUUUUUUGCUUCUCCGCUCCCUCACGAUGUCUGUGGCAGUAAUGGACUCCCUCUCACCCCCAACUCUAUCAAGAUACUAGGACGUUUUCAGGUUCUGAAAACUAUCUGCCAUCCCAGGUUAUGCCAGUAUGUUGAUAUCUCUAGGGGAAAGCAUGAGCGCUUGGUGGUGGUGACUGAACAUUAUGAGAAUAACUUGAUGAACCUUUACAAGCAGUGUAAACCAAUCUGCCCAGAUGAGCUCCUGCAGAUAGCCUAUGAGAUCUUGGAGGGAUUGGAAUUCAUGAACAGACAUGGAAUUAUUCAUCGAGCCCUCUGUCCCCAAAAUGUCCUUUUGGAUUGUAAGGGUAAUGUGAAAUUAUCCAAAUUCGGUUUUUAUCACAUGACGGAUCAUGGUGCAGACGUGGACUUCCCCAUAGGACACCCAUCAUAUCUGGCCCCAGAAGUCAUUGCCCAAGGCCUGAUCCAUCCAAACAGCUCUUUUCAUGGUAGCACCCAUUGCAUGUCAGGACCAAAGACAGAUGUGUGGUCCUUGGGAAUAUUGCUCUUCGAGCUGUGUGUGGGAAGGCGACUCUGGCAGAAUAUUGAAAAAAGUGAAAGCUUUAAAUUUAUACUUAACUUAGGUUGUAUGGAUGAUAUAGUCACAGUUCUUGCAGAGGAGCAUGGAUGCUUAGAGAUUAUUAAGGAGUUGCCUGAGAAUUUGCUCUUAUUACUCAGGAAAUGCCUGACGUUUCUUCCUACUAAGAGGCCCACACCUGCCCAGCUCUUGGAUGACCCUGUGUUUGAGCAUGUCUCUGGCCUGACUGAGCCUUUCUAUAAGUCGAUCAGCCUCUUCUCAUCUUUUCCUCGCUCUGCCCUCCUGGAACUCCCUGAUGACAUCCUUAAUAUGUGCAAAGAUGAAGGGAAUGACUACCUCACAGAGAGAGCCAUAGAUGAAGUGUAUCACCUCUGGUGUCUGGCUGGGGGAGACCUGGAGAGGGAGCUGACAAACAAGGACAUUAUCCGGUCUAAACCGUCCAUUUGCACUCUAUCAAAAUUCAUUUUGGAUGAUGGACAGUCGUUUGGCCAGGGCAGAGACAGAAGUUUCCUCUUGGAUGAUACCACUGUGACUCUGUCACUGUGUCAGUUGAAAAAUAGACUGAAGGAUGUGGCUGGUGAAGCAUACUACCCAUUGCUGGAAGAUGAGCAAUCUAACCUACCUCAGUCCAACAGCAACAAUGAACUUUCUGCUACAGUCUCCCUGCCUCUCAUUAUCCGUGAGAAAGACACAGAGUACCAAAUGAUGCGUAUUGUACUCUUUGAUAGGCUUCUCAAGGCUUAUCCAUACAAAAAGAAUCACGUGUGGAAGGAAGCUCGUGUUGACAUACCCCCUCUCUUUAGAGGCUUGGUGUGGGCAGCUUUACUUGGUGUGGAGGGAGAUAUUCAAGCAAAAUACAACAGCAUUGAUAAAGACACCCCUAUACCAACGGAUAGACAGAUCGAGGUGGAUAUCCCCCGCUGUCAUCAGUAUGAUGAACUCUUGUCCUCCCCACAAGGCCAUAUGAAGUUUCGAAGGGUUCUGAAGGCCUGGGUAGUAUCACACCCUGAUCUGGUCUACUGGCAGGGUCUAGAUUCCCUGUGUGCCCCAUUCCUCUAUUUGAACUUCAAUAAUGAGGCUUUGGCUUAUGCCUGCAUGUCUGCAUUCAUCCCGAAAUACCUCUAUAACUUCUUUCUGAAGGACAACUCACAUGUGAUACAAGAGUAUCUGACCGUCUUCUCUCAGAUGAUUGCCUUCCACGAUCCUGAGCUCAAUAAUCAUCUGAAUGAAAUUGGAUUCAUCCCAGAUCUUUAUGCCAUUCCAUGGUUCCUUACAAUGUUCACACAUGUCUUCCCUCUUCACAAGAUUUUCCACCUGUGGGACACACUUUUGCUCGGCAACUCUUCCUUCCCCUUCUGUAUUGGUGUGGCAAUCUUACAACAGCUGAGAGAUCGCUUAUUGGCCAAUGGCUUUAAUGAAUGCAUCUUGCUUUUCUCCGAUCUACCUGAAAUUGACAUUGAGCGUUGUGUCCGAGAAUCCAUCAAUCUUUUCUGUUGGACUCCCAAAAGUGCCACCUAUCGACAACAUGCACAGAUUCCCAAAACCACCAGUGAGGGUAGCAGUAGUAGCAGCUUUGGGAAAACCAGUAUCUACCUUCACUCAGACUAUCAAGACUUCGCCAAGACUGAUUUAUCUCGGGAGCCACUAAAGUUGACGGAAUUAAAAGCAGAGGUGUCUCCACGAAUCUCUGCAGAAGACCUGAUUGAUUUGUGUGAACUCAGAGGCUCAUCUCACUUCAAAACUCCCAACAAGAGAGCCAGAGUUGGCAAACCUAAGAUACUGGCAGUUGACAUCCGUAGCUCAGAGGACUUCAACCGAGGCCACAUCUCUGGCAGCAUCAACAUCCCCUACAAUGCGUCAUUGGGGUCGGAUGGAGAGUUAGUCACCUGUCCUGCUGUUACCACCCUAAGCAGCUACAGAGGACGAGUCAUAGUAGUUCUCAGCAAUAUGGUGAAAAAUGCAGUCACGUUUGCCACUCACCUAGUUAAACUGAAUUAUCCUCGGGUCUGUGUCUUGGAUGGAGGCAUCAAUAAAAUGAAGGUUACUGGACUCCUAACUGUACCCUCUCCUCAGAUAUGACUUAUGAAGUUAUUCAGUAUGGCUUCUGCACAUAGGAAUUAUUAGGCACUCACUGUCUGUCUAAGGAAAUGCCAGACUUGUUUUGAUCCUAAUGCCGAAGUCAGUUCUUAAGUCUGAUAUAUCAGAAACAAACCAUAUAAGCACUGAACAAUAACUACAUUUGAACAUGAUCACAAAAUGUUGCUAACUAACACUUCCAUCACCUUGUUGGAGAGAUCAUUUCUAAAUUAGGUUGCUGUGUCUUUUUAUGUUCAAUAUAGAGAGCACAUAUUAAGCACAUUUAUGUAAAUAUGAUUCAGUGCCACUCAACUUUACUCUGUUGAUUUAAGGAGUCUUGUAAAAAAAAAUAUGUGUAUAAAGCUCCUUUCAUGUGGUAGAUUCAGCUCAAAGUGAAAUGUAUUUAAUCAUGAACGUUUCUUGUAUUUACUACUGUGUCUGUGUUCUUACUACUUCAUGUUGAUCAUAAAACAAAAUAAAUCAUUUGACUCUUUUCAAUCCAA